AUGAAUCCAAUCAUACAUUUUGUUCAACAUCUCUUCAAGAGAGCAGGCAGCGAGGUUGCGUCUAGCGACUUGUACGGCCUUGAGAUCCGCCUCGGCCUCUACCUACAGGCAUUCGCAUUCAUCCUCAAUGCGAUGUUUUAUUCGCGCUCGGAGCGAGCUUCGCAAGUGAUACCGGCUUCCGUCAUGGUUUUCGCAUUGCUCUGCAGCCAAGCCCUCCUGCACAACGAGCGAUCCAUCGCCCCCGCAGAGUCGAUUGUCAUCACCCUACAGUUCCUUGGGCGACGAUGGAGUUGCUCUCCUCCUCUGCACCGUCUCGGUGGCGUUAAUUCGCUCUGGUUCUGGGGAUUCGGUUACAGCGUACUCCCAAAGAUAGAAGCGAGUAAUUUCACCCUCAAUCUUCUCUACCAACCUACUCCUAUCAAUGGAUCCAUCCGUGCUUUAGCAUUGACGGCCGUGAUCAUCUCCUUCAUCCUCAUCUUCACCAUUUUUAUCAUUCCCAACGCCUUUGGAUGGUUGAAAGCAAAGGGAUGGUUUAAAGGCGAGCCAUUCACUGACAUUCGUUUGAGGGUGCUCAUCGCCCUUGUGACGUGUCUCAUCUUCCCCCUCUUGGUCGCCUUUACCGAGCGAAUGAUCCAAGUCAACAAUCUCUCGCCGAACAAUCGUCUCGCCGAUCCUGGUCAAAUUAUUCCGCUUAUCACUGGAUGCGUGGGCCUGGUUGACGCCUUUGGAUUUAUCAUGCGGACAUACAUGGUCCCCUGGUGGGUCAGCUCAACGGGAAAGCCCGUCCGGCGCUCCUAUCGCACCGACCUUCCGAAGGGCAUCAGAAACAAGAUCAAGAAGUUGAAUGCUCACGAGAAGCGAAUCAUUGAACUGCAGAACACCAUCAUCGGGCUCGAAACGCAACAUGGAAUCGUAAACACCAAGUUUCCACUGUACCAAAUCUUGCCAAACUGCAUUACAAACAUCAACCAGCUCCCCUCGGAUAUUCUCAUUAUCAUCUUCGAACUUGCCCUGAGAGGCUGUCAUCCCGACAUCAAUCGACUCCUUCGAGUGUCGCGUCGCUGGCAUGACCUUAUCCUCGACACACCCUCACUCUGGGCGCGCAUCGAACUGAUCACGCGAAAAGAAGAGCAUGGGAAAAUAACCCUUCCUGACGAGAGCUACGUCCAGGCAUGCCAUGUUCGCUCAGCAAACGCACCUCUCCGUAUCUUCCUUGAUUACCGUAAUCUCCCGAGUCGAUAUAUCUCAGAGCAGCAGCAAAUGAAUCGACUCCUUCAUUUACUUCGUGCAGAAGGUGCAGACGUGUCACUGUUGACAGAGCUCUGGGAAAAGAGGCGAAUGCAUGACGACGAUUUCGAUGAACCUGCCUGGUACUCCACAACCAGGUCUCCUGCUCACUCGACACUAUUCCAUCGUGCACAAGCACUUGUCGAGGAACUCGCGACCGACGACGGGGAGCAUAUGGAACGAUGGAUCGAAGCCAGCUUUUUUGGCCCCUUGAACGUGGAUCACGAGUCUGAGGACGCAUGGUCUCAUGAUUCAGAUGAGCUCCAUCCCACACGUGAACUGCUGAGUUCUCUCGAGUGGCCAACUCCCAACUUGGUCAAACUUCAUCUAAGUGGUGGAGUGCCGCUUCCACUCCUUGACGAAGACGCAGAGCAGGAGCUACAACUCGAAGAGUUAGAUAUAACGGACGAACAUUUCAGGGAGGUGAACUUAUUGACAGGCACCCUCUGGGAAACCCUACAGCGGCUUCACCUCCGUAAUGUCAACUGUCGAUGCGGUUUGAUGCCACUUAGGUACCUCGAAUUUCUUGAAGAACUCACUAUCAAUUCUUGUACUCUCUAUUAUCACGACGAGCCAGGCUCCAUCCUCACUUUCUUGUUCCCUCAUCUCAAGAGAUUGACAUUUCUUGAUGUUGGGCACAUGGCACAUUUGAUUCGUUUCAUAUCUCCGACCUUGGAGGAGUUGUACGUGCGGACGACGAGUGAAAUGCCUGCUCUCCUCAUCCCGACUCAAUUGCUCAUAUGGGAAUACGCCAGGGAUUCAUCCGAGCAAAAAAUCGAAACGUUAUCAGGAGUGAAAGCUCCCGAAGCAGUUUGGAAGACCCUGAACUCGGCUUUUGAGUGGCUAGGUCAGGCCCACGGAUUGGUCAUCUAUGGAGUGUCAGAGAAGGUUAUUUCUGCGUACCUGGAAGACGAAGAGAUUCCUGAGACUCUUGACGUCGUGCAAACCCAAUGCCGUGACGGAAGAUUCCAAAACUUGUUCUCAAGGGUCUCAGAAUAG